GGGACCAGGCUGCAGAGCUCCAGGAAAACACGCAGAUAUUACCCGGGCAGAGAGCUCCAGAGGACGGCUUGAGGAGAACCAUGAGGCCCUGGAGGAGAGGAGAGAGACCUGUGGUGUGGCGCUCAAAGAGCAGACUGAUCCUGGACCUGUACCCGGAGUCUGGAGCUCAGAGAACGGACUGAUCCCGGUUUGUGUUCAUUGUGUUCGGACAGCAGGAGGGGAGGAUGCUGCACAUGCUCCCGAAGAAAAGCUGCUUUUCCCCGGGACUAACGCUGAGACACCCCCCCUCUGGAUCCUGCAGCCCGCUGUCCACCAUGCUGAACGCCCCGUGAAAACUCUCCAUGAUAACAACAAGGUGGAGGGGGGGGGGGCAUGGAUAUAAAGAGAGCUGGAGCUCGGUUCACCUCUAUGGAGCUGCUCAGGGGCGCAUGAAGCCCAGAACACCCACUCUGGAGAGCGGGAGUACCCGGAUGCUGGCCCACAGAGCAUGCGCAGUGGAGUUUCCCUUAAGCCCCGCCUUCUGUCAGUCAGACGAAUGAGUUAUGAGUAAAUAACUCUGGAUUCAGAUUGUAGAGACUUUCCAGCUUUGACUACCUGAGGAUUUAAAAAAUGACUAAACAAGAGCCCGUGCUGGGGAGUUUAUUCAGCUCAACAAUGUAAGUCAAUGGGGAGGAGUAUUUUUGGGCCAAAAUGACGUCACGGAAGUUGUAGUGCCACCGUUUGGCCACAACGGAAGAUUUGCUUCACUGUCCGGAGCACUUCCUGGUGGUUCCUUUACAAACCAAAAUACACCCCCCCCCCUCUCUGUUUCCUGAAGCAGAACUAUGUUGCCCCCCCCAUGAAAACACUUCAUGACAACAAGGAGGAGGAGGAGGGUGCCCCCACGGAGGAGGGCGCCCCCAUGGAGGAGGACCUGAAGGCGGCCCGGAUGUGGCGGGAUGCUGCCCUGAGAUCCAGGAAGCUGCGGAGCGACCAGCGCCAGCUGACCCUGAGCUCCAAAGACAACCAGAUUGUCUUGCCGGAGGACGUGUCCCAGGUGGAGGUCCUGAACCUGGGAAACAAUGCCCUGCAGGACCUGCCUGACGUACUGGGAUCGAGCCUCAGCAAUCUGCGGGUCCUGGUGCUGCGCAGAAACCGGUUCUCCACAGUUCCCCGGGUGGUGCUGGAGCUGGGCCAGCUGGUGGAGCUGGACCUGAGCCACAACCUCCUGCUGGGUCUACCUGAAGACCUGGGCCGGCUGAAGGCCCUGAAGAAGCUGUGCGUCAGCCACAACCAGAUCCAGGUCCUACCCGGUCAGAUCGGGGCCCUGCAGGUCCUGGAGGAGCUGGAUCUGAGCUUCAAUUCCCUGCAGGUCCUGCCCCGGACCCUCUGCAGCCUCAUCAAGCUCCGGACUCUGGAUGCUGACCACAACAAGCUGAACCAGUUCCCCCCCGAGAUACUGUCCCUCUCCGAGCUUGAGGAGCUGGACCUCUCAGGGAACAGGUUCCAGGCCCUGCCGGCGGACAUCCUGAAGCUGCGUAGCAUCAAGAUCCUGUGGCUCAGCAGUCUGAACCUGAUCCAACUGCCGGACUCCUUUUGCCUCCUGCAGCAGUUGGAGAGCCUGAUGCUGGACGGGAACCAGAUUUCCUUCCUGCCAGAGGACUUCAGCAGGAUGCAAAGACUGAAGAUGCUGAACCUGUCCUCGAAUGAGUUCCAGGACUUCCCAGAGGUCAUCUUAAGCAUCACAGGGCUGGAGGAGAUCUACCUGAGCCGGAACAGACUGAUCCAGAUCCCAGAAGAGGUCGGGGGUCUGGUGAGGCUCGCCAACCUGUGGCUGGAUAACAACCGCAUCACAUUCCUGCCGGACUCCAUCGUGGACUUGGAGCGGCUGGAGGAACUGGUCCUACAGGGGAACCAGAUCGCCAUCCUGCCAGAGAACUUUGGGAAGCUGUCCAGGGUCAACAUCUGGAAGGUGAAGGACAACCCUCUGAUUCAGCCCCCCUACGAAGUCUGCAUGAAGGGGAUCCCCUACAUCGCAGCCUACCAGAAGGAGCUGGCGGACUCGCAGCUUGCAGUAAAGCCGCGUCUGAAACUGGUCCUGAUGGGGGCCAAGAACUCGGGGAAGACCCGACUCAGAAGUAGUGUGGUGGGCCCUCAGCAGGAGGUUCAGGACCUGCAGGGGGAUGGGGGCAUCGAGGUGACGGACUGGGUGGCAGACCGCGGCCUCACCUUCCUUGUCUAUGACCUGUCAGGAAAUCAGGACCUCAUCAAACCCUUCCUGCUGUCCCCGGGGGCCCUGUACCUCCUCGUAGUGAACCUCCAAACCUACACCCCCAGGACCUUCUACACCCACGUUGGUUACUUCCUGCAUGUCCUUGGGGCCAAAGUCCCCCAUGCGGUGGUCCUGGUGGUUGGGACUCACUCGGACCUGUGCACAGAGGAGGAUCUGGAGGAGAAAAGUCUAGACCUCCACCGGCAGAUCGGCCUGCAGGAGCACCGGGACCUGCAGGUCCUGAGGGCCGAAGUCCUGCAGGUGGACCGCGCCCUGCAGCAGGGCUUCAGCGUCCGUUCCUCCAGCCCCCACGUGGUCUUCUACGGCGUCUCGGACCGGAACCUGAGGCGCAGGAAGUCCCAGCUGCAGUACAUACUGAACCGGCGGCUGCAGGUCCUGUCGCCCUUGCUGAGGACAGGGGUCCACAGGAACCUGCAGAGGCUCCGGGAGAAGCUGAUGCAAGUGGCGGACCACAGGGAGAUCUUCCCGAACUUGCACCGCAUCCUGCCCCGGUCCUGGCAAGUCCUAGAGGAUCUGCACCUAGGGGCCCCCCAGCUGUGGCUCUCCUGGUGGGACUCGGCGAGGCUGGGUCUGCAGGCCGGUCUAACGGAGGAUCGGCUGCAGAGCGCCCUGUCCUACCUACACGAGUCCGGCAAGCUGCUCCACUUUGAGGACUGCCCCCCCCUGAAGGACUACGUGUUCCACAACCUUCCCCGGUUCAUCCAGAUCCUGAACCUGUUCUUCAUGUUCCUGGAACCAAAAACUCCCAGAAACCUGCAGAGGGACGAGCUGCUGGACCGGCUGCUGUCUGGCGGUGGGGGGGGGAGUCUGGUGAUGGACGACGAGACGGGGGAGGCCCUGAGGGUGAUGCAGAACCAGGUGGAGGGCUUCCUGCAGGAUGGCCUGCUGCCCUCCCCCCUGAUCCGGCUGCUGCUGGGGCCCCUGAUCCAGAGCCAGCAGGACCUGAGCCUGGUGAUGGAGCUGCUGCAGAAGAUGGGGGUCUGCUACUGCGUCAACAGGCCCCGGGGCCGGCCUCUGAACGGGGCCACGGUCUGGUACAAAUUCCCCAGUUAUGUGAGUGGCGAAGCCCCUCUGGGGGGGCCUUUGCUGCCCCCCCUGUCCGUGGAGCAGCUGCACAUCCAGUAUCGCUUCCACUUCCUGUUCCCCCCCGGUCUGUUUGAGCGCUUCAGCGUUCAGAUCAACGGCCACGUGGUGCAGCGCUCCGACUGCCGGGACCGGGUCCUGGCGUACCGUGGGAAGGUCCCGGUGCUGGUGAGCCGGCAGCGGGGCCCUCUGAGGGGGGGUUCGCUGAGCAUCGCCUCCCACGCCUCGCUGCCCAACAUCUGGACGGCCUGGCAGGCGGUGACCCCCCUGCUGGAGGACCUGAACGCCCUGCUGCAGGAGUGGCCCGGCCUGCUGUGCUCGGUCCACAUCCUCUGCUCCAAGUGCCUGAAGAGAGGGGCCCCCAGACCCCAUGCCUUCCCAGGAGAGCUGCUGAGCCAGCCCCGCCCUGACGGGCUGCUGGAGGUGAUCUGUCCUCAGGACGGAGCUGAGAGGGUCAACGUGGCUCUCAUCUUCCCCCCACCCCCACCAUCAGCAGCCCCGGCAACAACUGAGGACACACACCUGCAGCAACAACUGAGGACACACACCUGCAGCACCAGCUGAGGACACACACCUGCAGCACCAGCUGAGGACACACACCUGCAGCACCAGCUGAGGACACACACCUGCAGCACCAGCUGAGGACACACACCUGCAGCACCAGCUGAGGACACACACCUGCAGCACCUCCUUCUUCAUCUGCACCAAAAACACCUGAACCUGCAGAACAUCCACCUGCUGCCCCUCUACCUGUAAACCACCACCUGCAUCACAACCACCUCCACCUCCUGCUGUACCUCCACCUGCACCUCCUCCACCUCCUGCUGUACCUCCACCUGCACCUCCUCCACCUCCUGUAACUCCUUCUGCACCUGUGCCUCCUGUAGCACCUGCACCCCCCCAUUAGACUGAACGUCCAGCUGCAACAGCACUGCCUCACAGGUUUGCAGGUUUGCUGUUUUUCUCGUUUUGGAUUUGUAAGUGUUUCCCAGCAGCUUGAAGAACACAAACUUUGGCACCACGUCAAAAUAAAACGUCUCUGGUGAUUUUGUUCUGAAACUCUGAGACAUUUAACUCUUCUGAGGUUUUUAUGAGACGUGGACUGAGAUAUUCUGCAGAGUUUAGAGGACGAGUCCGUCUGUAUGAUCUGUGUCUGAAGAGGAGCUGCAGCUGUGGAAACAUCGUUCAAUGAUUCAGAAAAUACUAUCUUAGAUUGUCUGUGAUGGACUGCUUUCUCUCAGCCGGACCACUUCCUCCACCGAGGUGAUUCCUAACGAGCUGGUUCCUAACGAGCUGAUUCCUACCGAGCUGGUUUAUAACGAGCUGAGUGUUCCUGUUAAACAGAUAAAUAAUAUUUAAUAUAUCCAGAUGUGAGAGACAGCUGCAGCUCCAUCAGAGCAGGAGGAUAAUCUGAGAUGUACAGCUGGGGAUUAAAGCCAUUGGAGGUCAUUAAAAUGUGAUAUUAUGGAGCUGAUUACAUUUCUAAUUUCAAAUGAGGAAAAAAAGCAAUAAAUAUUUGAGAUAAAAGUCAUUUAUUUGCCAAAAAAUAAACUUGGAUAUUUUCUAAAAUAAAGUCAUAAAUUAGCUAUAAAUUAAAUAAAUCUGGACAGAAAUGAGUUAAGAGGUUGGUAAAUUCACGAGUUUCUUCUCUUGCAAAUGUAAUAAUUAAAUCUUUAAUAAUAUUUAGCUUUUUCAGGUAAAUUUGUAAAAAUAAUGAUUGUGAAGUUUCCAGUUUUAUCUCCCAAAAUCUUUACAUUUUUAAUAUAUAUUUUUGAGAUUUUUCUUGAGAAUUUACCACCUGAAUUUUGGGUUCCCUCAGACUAUCCCCGCCCUCCUCUGACUCUUUAAUUAUUAUAUUGUCCUGACUCUGAUCCUGGUCCCGUUCCUGGUCCCGUUCCUGGUCCCGGUCCUGGUCCCGGUCCUGCUCCCGGUCCUGCUCCCGGUCCUGCUCCCGGUCCUCGUCCUGGUCCUGGUCCUGGUCCUGGUCCUCUGUGUAUAAAGGGUAAAGUGUGUUUGAGUCUGGUCUAAAUCUGACGAGGGUUUCCUCGACUCUCAGAUAUUUAUCUCCUGCUUCACUUUUCCUCCGAUCGUUUCUCACUGAGCUGUUGUAAAUAAAAUCUUUAUUUUUGUAAGUGGAUUAUUAACAGUGAAAGGGCGUGCAUGUGAGCGUGCGUGCACACACACACACACACACACACACACACACUUUUAUAUUGAGUGUCACACAACAGGAUAUACCAAAUAAACCAAGAACUGGCUUUAA